AUGGAUUCUGAUCAUGAGGCUCUUCUGUUUCACAUGGCGGUUCGAUGGCUGUCAAAAGGUAAUAUGUUAUCUCGCGUUCAUGAGAUGAGGGAGGAAGUGAAGCUAUUCCUCGAAGCGCAGGGAAAACAGGACCUCCUGCUGUCAUUCGCGUCAGACAGUUUUCAACUUGGGUUGGCAUACCUUGUUGAAAUUUUUGAAGCCUUGAAUCUUCUCAAUAGAUUAUUACAAGGCUAUAAUACCAGCCGAAUAUAUCACUACGAUGCCAUACAUACGUUCAUAGCGAAACUUGGACUAUGGCUUCGUCGAGUUGAAAGGGGAAACGCGGCAUCAUUUCCUACUCUCGACGCUGCCCUCGAUGAAAACAAGGCUGAUCUGAAGGGAAAACUAAAGACUGAAGUGGAAGCCCAUCUCCAGCUAUUGAAGCAGGAAUUCGAUAUUUCCCAGCGAUAUUUCCCAGACCUGGCUAACACUGAACUACCAGAUUGGAAAAUGACCAGGAAUCUCUUUCGUCUCAAUGAAGACAUUCUGCCUGACGCUUUGCAGGAUGAAUUCUUGGAGAUGAAGUGCAACUCCAUUGCAAAAGAUGACUUCGAACAAUGCCUCUCAACGAUUUUUGGGUGA